AUGAUUUACAGUAGAUUGAACAAUUUGAGUAUAUUACGGGCCAGAGUUAGUCAGUUAUGUCUGCCGAAAAAUGGUCGGUUUUAUUCCACUUUACUUCGGGAUAUCGACCACACAAAGCUCAAAGUUCAUCCCGCUACGACGUUAAAGCAGCUGACUCCCUAUAAAGACCUCGUAUUCGGCCGUACAUUCACUGACCAUAUGCUCACUAUCGAAUGGUCAAGAGACAGUGGUUGGGCUGACCCGGUGAUAAAAGAGUACAGCAAGCUUAGCAUUGAACCGAGUGCGUCCGUGUUUCAUUAUUCGUUCGAGUGUUUCGAAGGUUUAAAAGCUUAUAAAGAUAAAAAUGGGAGGACGAGGUUGUUUAGACCGGAUAUGAAUAUGAAGAGGUUUAAUAAUAGCGCGAAGAGAAUUGCGUUACCGGUGGGUUUGGAGAGCUUUAAGGGAGGGACGCGGUUGCGAGUUGUCAUAAACAUCGAAGAAGAUACUUUCAACGGCAAUGAAUUGAUUGAAUGCUUAAAAUCUCUCCUCCGUCUCGAUUCCCGCUGGAUUCCAAACGAACGCGGGUACUCUCUCUACAUCCGCCCGACGCUCAUCAGCACUCAAAAUACUCUCGGGGUUGGUCCAGUUUCGCAGGCGUUGCUGUUCAUCAUCUGCUCACCUGUUGGACCUUACUAUAAAACCGGAUUUGAUGCAGUGCGAUUAUAUGCAACCACUGAGAAUGUCCGCGCGUGGCCAGGUGGCACUGGAGAUGCGAAAAUUGGAGGAAAUUACUCGCCUUGCGUACAGCCGCAAGUCUUGGCGGCAGAGAAAGGAUAUCAACAAAACUUGUGGCUAUUUGGAGAUAAUCAUGAGAUCACCGAAGUUGGAACUAUGAAUUGUUUUACGUUUUGGAAAAAUGAAAAUGGAGAAACCGAACUUAUGACACCUCCAUUGGAUGGCUCAAUACUCGCAGGUGUUGUGCGAGAUUCAGUAUUAUCGCUCACGAAAUCGUGGGGCAAGUUCAAAGUCAGUGAACGCAAAUUUUGUAUGUCGGAUAUCGUUAAAGCGUCUGAGCAAGGACGGUUACUCGAAAUGUUUGGUACUGGGACUGCAUGCAUCGUUAGUCCUAUCAAAGAGAUUUAUUACAAAGGACGAGAUAUAAAAAUACCAUUGGAUCCAAGUGAUCCUUCGUCAAAUGCUGGGCCUCUUGCGAAGAGAAUUGCUGAUGAACUGAUGAAGAUUCAGUAUGAUGUGAGCUCUUCAAGACGUAAGAGCCGUAAGACACAUUUCUCUGCCUCUUCGACGGUUCGAAGAAGAAUAAUGAGUGCAAACUUGACCAAGGAGCUCAGGGAUAGAUACAACACCCGAUCAAUACCCAUACGAAAAGAUGAUGAAGUCCGAAUCGUGCGUGGUAAUCACAAAGGUCGUGAAGGCAAAGUGCUUCAGGUCUAUCGUAAGAGAUGGGUUAUUCACAUCGACCGCAUCACCAAGGAAAAACAGAAUGGCGGCAUUGUACACCUUGGUAUCCAUCCGUCGAAAGUUGUUGUUCAUAAAUUGAAGCUAGAUAAAGAUAGAAGAAAUCUUCUGGAACGAAAGAAUAGGUCCGCCACCGCAAGUAAAGGCAAGGGCAAGGCCGCGGAAGAUGAUGCUAUGGAAGAGGUAACGAUUAUGAUGUGA